AUGGUGGCGAUGUUCGCCGUGGAAGUCGUGCUGGUGCAGUUCGUUACAGUAGUGGUCGGCAUUGACUGGCACAAGUACGUAUCCUCGCUAUUAGUGCUCCGCGCACCUCUCUUUCCUCCCCUCUCCCCCCUUGCCUUUCCUUGGCACCCCCCCUCUCCCCGACACAGGCCAGUGGCUGCUCCUCGCCCUCAACAGCCACCUCCCCGCACCCCUCCCCGCGCCCCUCACCACCUAUUCCUUCCCCCGUCCCCCUCAUCUCCCUCACCCCCCCACCCUUCCCCCAGUGGCACCCCUCCUCUCCCCGACACCGGCCAGUGGCUCCUUCUCGCCCUCAACAACCACCUCCCUGCGCCCCUCGCCCCUCCCUUCCCCCCUUCCCCAUUCAUCCCUCCCUCCCCAUACAGUGGCACCCCUCCUCUACCCGACACGGGCCAUGGCACCCCUCCUCUCCCCGACACAGGCCAGUGGCUCCUGCUCGCUCUCAACGACCACCUCCCCGCGCCCCUCACCGCGCUCCUCCGCGCGCGCCUCGUCGAGUUGCACGAUUUCCUCAUGCUCUUCAUGCUGCUCGCCUUCUCCGUGCUCUUCAACUGCAUCCCCCCUUCGGGAAUCGGCCUCGGCGCGCGCUACUGCUUCACCAUCGGGCUCAGCCGCUUGCUCCGGUUCCUAACCUUCGCUUCGACAAUCCUCCCGGCGGUUCGGCCGUGGUGCGCUGCGGCUAGGUUCGGUAGCACGAGUCCGAGGCACCCACACCCGUGGGCUCAGAAGUAUUUUGUGCCGUAUGCCACGAAUCACGACAUGCUACACGAAGUUAUUUCCACUGACGUCGCCUUUGCCCCCCAGGUGCACUACCCACCAGAAUAUCAACCUGACUGGGGCGCUUUCCAAUUCCUGGUGGACUUCCUGCGCCCAAUGAACGCCCGCGCUCACCACGGCGCCGCCGCCUCCUCUGGCGCCUUCAGCAGCUUCGUCAUCCGCCCCUACGGCGGCUGCAACGACCUUGCCUUCAGCGGCCACAUUAUCGUUGCAGCGCUCACUGCCUGCGCAUGGCAGGAGGCUUUCCCCGGCUGGGCUUCUGCCAUGGUAUGGGGCCUUGUGUUUCACUCCGCGCAGAGGGAGGUUCGGGAGCGGCAGCAUUAUUCGGUAGAUGUGGUGAUCGCUCUUUAUCUCGCGCCGCUGCUGUGGCGCACCACCAGGUUUCUCUGGUCGCACCCGCCGGCGCCGCCUACGAGGAGGGAGGCUUUUGGGGCAGCGCUUAGUGAGCGGGAAGCGGCGCUUAUGAAAGCGCUGAAGGAUGGGGAUUUGGGUGCGGUGAGGGAGGCGGUGGGGGAUGCGGUGGAGGAAGCGGAAGGAGUUGUUUCGGGUGGUGUCAAGGGGAAGACAGCUGGUGAUAAAGCUGGGAAGGAUGCGCAGACUAACAGAUUGCUGUUGCCGUUUGGUAUCGGUAUGAUUUUGUUGCUGUUUGUGGUGGUUUUGACGGCCUUCAACAUGGCAGACGAAGGCGGAGGCUUCUUUAAGCUCCCCGCUUCCGCCUAUACCACGAUGACCGCUUCUUCCGCUUCCCAAGGCUUUCCGCUGCUGCGCGUCGCGCGGAAGGUCCUAAACCUAGGAACCAUCGGUCUAGCCUACGUUCUGAUAGAGUUCGUCUGCACGCGCACGGACUGGCUUCCCCCGCAUGUCGCGGCGAAAUUCCCGCUGGCUCUAUGGGCCUUCCUCGGGAUUCUCGGCGUCGUGCAGAGCCAGCGGUACCGCCAUUUUGCGGACGAGUUUCGGAACGUGCCCAAGUUUCUGGCGUGCGUUGGGUUCAUGCUGCUUGCUUUCGUCGUGGAGGUUAUUGCCGUGCAGUUUGUCACCGUCGUUCUCGGCCUCGACUGGCACAAAACCGUCACGCCUCUCCCUGACACGGGCCAGUGGAUUCUCCUCGGUCUGAACGACCGCCUCCCCGCGCCCCUCACGGCGCUUCUCCGCGCGCCCAUCGUGGAAAUGCACGAUUUCAUUAUGCUCUUUAUGCUCCUCGCCUUCUCCGUUCUCGUCGGCGCGAUUCCCGGCCCGGGUAUGGCGCUGGGCUCACGCUACGUCUUCUCAAUCGGGCUGAGCCGAAUCCUGCGGGUAGCCACGUUUUCGUCCACGAUUCUGCCCGCGCCGCGGCCGUGGUGUGCGGAGUCGCGGUUUGGUGACACGUGCCCCCGGCACCCGCAUCCCUGGGCGGCCAAGUACCUGACGCCGUAUAGCGACAAUCCCGACCUGUUGCAUCAGCUGAUUUCCACGGAUACUGCGUUUGCGGGCUCCCCAGUCGUUUCGCCCAAGUUCUGCUCAGUUUCUGCUCGGACUUUGGAUGUGCUGGAGGGGCUGGUGGCCCUCCUGCCUCCCAUGGACCCAGCUAUCCCUGUUGCCCCUUUCUCUCUUGUUUCUUCCUCCUUAUACUCUCCCAAGCGCACGCCCAGUCCUUUCCACCUGAAUCUCGCCCUGACUGGGAUGAGCUAUCCGCCCGAGUUCCGCCCUGACUGGGGCUCGCUGCAAUUUCUGGUGGACUUCUUGCGUCCCAUGGACGCCCGCGUUCAUGACGGCGCUGCUGCCUCCUCUGGAGCUUUCAGCAGCUUCGUCGUCCGCCCCUACGGUGGCUGCAACGACCUUGCCUUCAGUGGUCAUAUCGUUGUUGCAGCGCUCACGGCUUGCGCCUGGCAGGAGGCUCACCCAGGGUGGGGGUCUGCCAUGGUGUGGGUGCUGGUGAUGCACGCCGCUCAAAGGGACAUCCGAGAGAGAUCGCACUACUCGGUUGAUGUCAUUAUCGCUCUCUACCUCGCUCCACUCCUCUGGCAAAUCACCCGGUUCCUUUGGUCCCGGCCCGCUCCCCCUCCGUCCCGAAAAAAGCUUAUGGGAUUGGCUCUUGCUGAUAGAGAGGCUGAGCUGGUUAAGGCUGUUAAGGAGGGGGAUCUUGAUAGGGUGAAAUGGACGGUUGAGAUGGCUCGGCGUGAGGCGGAUGCGAAGGAAAAGGGGGGAGAGGUGGAGGGAGGUGUGGAAGCGGGGAACGCGGAGAGGCGUACCGUUACGCAGCGGUAUUUGGCUCACCUCGGAACUGUGCUGAUUUUGACCAUGUUGGGGGUGGUUCUGGUGGCGAUUCUGGUGUCGGAUGAAGGGCAUAAGGCUGUUCUUGAAAAGAAGUAG